UCAUUAUCCUGUUAUGUCGGUCAUCUCGGUGGUGGCAUAUCGCUGACAGACUAUUAAUUAACCUACAUACAAGUUUUGGAUAACCAAAACUUAACAAAACUCCAGAUGACGUCAGCAAUGUUUUGACAAAUGUAGCUACUGCGCUGUACUACUUCAGCAACAAGACAAAAAUAAACGCGUGUAUGCCGACAUUUGCUGUUUUUUGCUGUAUAGCCCCCCUUUAUAAUUGGAGAUAAUUUUAAAAUUAAACAGUAGCUAAAGUAAGUUUAUUAUAUGGCAGCGAUUGACUAUGUUACUUAGUGUAAUUUGACUCCGUUUUUCAUUGCAGUGCUGCUCUGUGUUAUGCAAAUGUUUAAAACGCUUCAGGCAAACGUUCCGCAAAAGUUAUUGAGUGCGUCUCAUUAGCUUCAACACGUCUGAGCCAAUCAGACUCGACCGAGUAUAAUUUAUUCUACAUUGUAAUAAAGUGCUAUUUUCGCAAGUAAUACGAUGCUGGCGUCUGUUCAUCGAAUCCCGGUUAAUGGUUCAAAAGGAGUUUUCAGGAGUGGAGCAAAGUCCUCGUCUUCGUCCGAAAGCAAUCCAGAUAGGGCUGUUAAUCUUCACGGUCUUUGAACGGCUGAACAUACACGAAAUGCGUGAGCUGGUUUAGAAAAGUUGGUUUUAUAGUCUGCACAAAAGUACCAGCUGUGGCGCCCCCUAUUAUAGUUCACACCACUAACGAAAUGUGAGAAAAAAAAUAGACUACGUAUUUCAUUUUCAUUCGACAGAUAGCCAACAACGAGUUUGUAAGUGGGAGAUGGGUGGAUUUACGACUAUCAUUGUGAACCGUGUGGUGAGCUGAAUCAUUUACACUCUGUUUCAAUAAUGAUGGCGCUGAAUGGGAAGGUAGCUCUUGUAACUGGUGCCGCGCAAGGACUGGGUAGAGGAUUUUGUGAGAUUCUUCUGAAAAACGGAGCAAAGGUGGCUCUUUUGGAUGUAAAUAAAGCGGUUGGGAACGAUCUGAAGGCUUCUUUAGAUAAAGAAUAUGGACCGGACCACACACUUUUUUUGACCUGCGACGUCACUUCAGAGGACCAACUUUCAGAUGCAUACCAAAAAGCUUUGGAGAAAUUCGGAAGAAUUGACGUCGUCUGCAAUAAUGCAGGGAUCGCCAACGAGAGGGACUGGGAGAAGGCGGUGGCAGUAAAUUUAGUUGGAGUGGUGAAGAGCACCUAUUUGGCCCUGCAGCACAUGAAGAAGCAGAAUGGGGGACAAGGUGGCCUCAUUGUCAACAUAGCUUCGAUGGCAGGUCUGGGGCCUUUGCUGACCUCCCCUGUCUACACAGCCACUAAGCAUGGAGUGGUUGGAUUCAGCCGAGCUUUGGCUGAAGCCUCGGAGGUGUGUGGCUUUGGUGUGAGGUUGAAGGUCCUCUGCCCAUCCUUCGUCAGAACUGCCAUCAUUUCCACCCUGAGCAGUGAAGAGUACAUGGGACAGUUUUCCAGCCUUCAUGGGGUCACGGAACAGAUGAUAGAGAAGUUUGGCAUGCUAGAGGUGCCCCAGGUGGCUGAGGCCUUCCUGCAGCUGGUGGUUGAAGAGGGCAAGAAUGGAUCGGUGCUGAUGGUGACGCCAAAGAUCACCUCCUAUGUGGAGUUUCCCAAAAAGCCCGUGGAUCUGCAGUCCAGCAACCCAUCCACCUCAGCAUCUGGGUCCUCACCAGAGUAAACCAGUGUAAUCUGCGUAAUGUGUGGCCUCUGACUUUGAUUCGUCUCACGCCGUGCAACCAGACGUAUGUAGCUCUAUGUGUAGGUGAAGGAAAUCUUUUGUUAUGAAAAUGAAGAAAGUGUCACUCGGCUUAAAUACUCAGGGAACAUCCACCUGUCCUUGUGUGUAUCAGGGCCUUCAUUUAUUAGUUUAGGCACUGACCAAAACUACUUCAGAAUUUGAUCUUGCACAACAAAAAUUGGAGGAUCUGGGUACACCUGUUUUAAAAAAAUAUGUUAGAGAUGAACGUGUGUGCAUUAAGGUAGCCUUGUCCAUAAAUUCCAAGUGUUCAAAAUUCUGUCGCCUGUGUGUGACUCAUUUUGAAUGAGACAGUUUCUCCUGGCAGUCAGUCAUGGUCCAUUAGCCAUUCCUGGUACUUAUCAAAGAAAUUAAAAUGGUCUUUGAAGACUCUCUCUCUCUCUCUCUCUCUCUCUCUCUCACCUGAAUGUCAGAUUAGCCAAGUAUGUCAAAAUGACAAGAUCAGCUGUUUUCACGUCACUUAUAGAAGUGUUUUUUAAUAGCUUGCAUGCUAAUUAUAUCACUUAAUUGUCAGCAGUCGGUGCAUUUCAUUUCCUGUCAGCAAAUUGGCACGUGUAUGUAUACCAUAUAGUAUUGUAGUCGUGUUCAUGUGCAUCAGAAUUAUUGGCUAUGUUUGCAUGUUAUUUCUUUUCCAGGACUUUUCCUGAUAAUGACGGUUAUGUGCUGUGACUUGCCACAUGCCACACUGUGCAAAGAAUUUUAUGUCUUAAUUCCUUGUCCUUCCAUGUGAAACAUCAUGAACAAACAAACUGCUAUCAUACAAUCUCCUUGGUACUGAGAAUCGUUAAGGAAAUCUUUGCAAUACUGUAUAAUUGUGUCAUUACUUUUCUUCAACAGGUCAAUACCCCUCUUUUUAUGAAAUGCUAU